AUGGAUUAUCGCAAGCGGUAAGCCACACCCUCUCAAGUUCGUGCCAUUGCCCUGAAACCGCACGUUAUUCACCUGGGUGGGACUUCCUCCGGCAGACUGGCGCGCUUCCAUCAACUGCUGCACCCGGCCAAUACGGACCACAUCAACGAGCACAGGCGUCCAGCUCGUCAGGAACUCACAGAGUUGAGCUUGGGGAGUGAGUCUCAUACGGCGGUCAUACUCGUCUGGCGCGCCGUAGAUGGACGAGGGUCUUGGCUCGCACCGCUAUCGCCGACAGUCUAAGCUUGGCUUCAACAUCAUCGCCAUACAGCUGCCACUGAAGCUAAUAUGAAAUCAUCUCGUUUUAUAGGUAUUCCGGACGAAUACCGGCCCGCGACAUAUCGCGUCCUGCUCAAUCUAUCGCCGGCCUCAGUCUCGGUCGACCACUACCUCGCCUUCGUAGAGGAGAUAUCCAAACGAGUCGCAGCGGAAGUACCACCCUCGGUCGACGAGAAACCUUCCAAGACCGACAAGCUGUUGCGCGAGAUUCAGAGGGACGUCGAAAGGACUUUGACGCCGCUGGCUUGGUUCGGGGCACCCCUUUCGACCGGCGACGAGGACCAGGAUGAGGAUCCGCUCUGGAAGCGAAUAGCGCUGCUCGAUGGGGUCGACACAGAAAAGUCGACGAACCUGAGCGCAACAACACGCAGUACGGAGGGUGUUGCAGCAGAUUCGGGGACCCAAUCGGAUCGGGCCUCAUCGACUCGGCUAAAGACUCGAAGAGCGGCCCUCUUGCGCCCCCUCUUCAUCUACGCGACCCUCAAUCCGGGACUUUCCUACGUGCAAGGGAUGAACUCUUUGCUCGCCGUUUUCUACUGGAUCUUCUCUUCCGAUCCAGAAGCCACACCGAUUGAAGCCGAAGCCGCCGCCUUCUUUGCCCUCGGCGCGAUCCUCUCCCAGCUUCGCGAUCUCUACGUGCCCUCACUCGACGGGACUCCCGUGACGUCCUCGUCCUCAUCUAUUUCCUUGAGAGGAAGUGCACCCACAGGAUUGGGCGCGACGCUGGCGAGGUUUACGAGUCUGCUCACCUGGCUCGAUCCGACGGUCGCGAUGGCGCUCGAGCACAAGAAUGUCGAUCCUACGCUCUAUGUCUUCAGGUGGCUAACGACUUGGUUCGCGAAUGAGGUGAGUCUUCUAGGUGAAAUUGUAUACGAAAUGUUUCCUUCUAGUUUCUGAUUUCUUCUCGUUUCUUUGUCAGUUCCAACUGCCCGAUCUUGUCCGGAUAUGGGAUCGAGUUAUCGCGCUGUACCCAGCUGAAGACGAGAUCCAGCCCGUCGAAGCUCUGUCUCCUGUGCUUGGACACCUCAUCGACCUCUCUCUAGCCAUGGUUCUCUUCGAACGUCCGACCGUCGUUUCACCUUAUGCCCACUUUCAGAAGGUCGUCAUGGUGCUUCAGGACCCUCAAAUUGGAGGCGAAGAUGUCGAAAAGCUGCUGGCUACAGCCUGGGAGAUCAGGCAGCGUCGGAUAGGCAAGGCCUCGAACCGCAUCGCCAUCUCGCCCGUGUCCGAGCCUUCGAGCCCGACCUCGUCACCAACAACGACGACAAAUUGGCGAUCGGCGGCAAACAAAUGGGCUUCGGCCGCGAGUGCGGCCGCAUCGACUGCCUCAGCCAGUCCGGCAGCCAAUUCGAUCCGACAACGCUUCUUCUCGGCACCAAGUGCCCCUGCGAUGCCUUCUCCCCGUAGGCCGAGUCUAACGAAUCACGCUUCAGAGUACGAUCUCGACGACGGUGCCUCGGUAGCGGACAGUGAGACUUCGCUCAGCAGUAUUCCUCCACCUCUGUUCGCGUCGAAAGGUCAACAUGUCGGCGCGGGAACAUCACACCUGAGGCCGACUCCGGCACCUGGAGCUAUUCACGAAGAAAUCUUGACCGUUGACGGACGAGUCUUACCCCCACCGCCGGACCGCAUUGACCAAAACCCCUCGCUGGCUCAACUGAUCGAGGAUGAACUCCCACGGUCCAUUCGGGAUCCCUAUGGCAACGAUGAGGAAGACGACUACGGCGUCGACGAUUCAACCGAAGGUCCUACACUCGCUGAACGAGCAGCCAACAGUUGGGGGACGUGGCGGAAUCGGUUUGCCGCUAGUGACGCCGCCGCUUCAUUGAGCAAGCAGGCGACCAACCUCUCGAUCGCAGCGCAGGUACGGGCAGCAAAUCUGCGACAAUCGACCGUAAAUCUUGGGUCUUCCGACUCGUACGCUGCCCUGAGCAAAACGACGACGAACCUGUCCGCGCAGGCUGCUUUGCUGAAGGAGCAGAUCACGACUUCGACGACGACGGAUCGGUUGUCUAAGUUGAAGGAAACGGUCUCGGGAGCGAGCGGAAGAUUCAUGGCUUCGACGGGAUCGGAGCGAGGCCCCAGGCGACCUGGGUCGCCGAUGGAAACACCCUUCACACCUCCGAGGUUCUCGUCGGACGAAAGAGGAUCUUUUGCUGCACCUCCGUCGCCAACUUCGUCCGAAAUGGGACGAGGGGCAAGCGCGGGUGGUAGUGGGGGUCCCAAGCCUCUGCUGCUGAGCGGAGCAGCUCGACGAGCCGCUGGUGGCAAUAACGACUCGGUCACAUUACCGUCACCGCCUGCUGGCUCACGAAGGAGUUCAAUCAUAUUUGGGCGAUCGCCCUCGACGUCACCUGUGCUCAAUCGGUCGCCUCGCACGGGGUCGUUAGAGAUUCAGUCGGACGGACCUAUGCUCGGAUUGGCUCGAUCCAAUUCGCGCAACACCUCAGCUCUACACGGUAGGACAGCGUCGUAUAACCCUCCCUUGAGCACUUCCAUUGGCCCUUCCUCUGAGGUGACGCAUGACGACCAGCCGAUCUCAUCCCUCCGAAUCUCGGGUGUUGCUCGACGACCGUCCUUCCCCGAGGGCCAACUCUCAUCGACCUCGACCGUAUCCUCCAAACGAGCCGAAAACGGUCGAGGCUGGACCCUGACCGAUGCACCCGUCAAUUUAGCCCUCGCCAUGUCGAACCAAUCUUCGCAAGAUCGACUCGCUCCUCCGCUCGGCUCAAGGCACGACGAUGCUUCGAGCGAUGUUGGAUCGGACGAAUCCUUCCAUUCCGUUCAAACCUCAAGCAACGUUGCGACGCCCCUCGAAUCGCCCGAACUCUCGAUGAGAGGGCCAUCGGAGGAUGUUCGCAACAUGUUCGCCGCUUCAGACGUCGCCGCUUCAGCUGCACCACCUCGAAGAUCCUCGUUGGCCGAUACAUCGGCCUCACCACCGCCUAGAGGAUCGUCCUUGACGUCGAAUCGAUCGAAUGAGCCCUUGCAGACGGCGGGGCUGUCUUCGAGCAUCACCGAGGAACCCUUUCAACCUCCUUCAUCCACUUCUCAAACCCGAUCCCCAGAACCCGACCUCGACACCCCUCUAUCGCCGACGAACGAUCUCGAACCAUCGGCCUCGCGAAGCAAGAUUGUUCGUCGACCCGUCAUUUCAAAACGUCGAGCCUCGGCACGCAUGUCCGGCAUGUCGAACCCGACCUCGGAGCUCUCGACCGAGGACCGAAAAGUCGUGUCCGCAUUUUUGGCGGGGGAGACGGAUGCUGUUGGGGACUUGUCGAGGAAUAGGAGUCGGUCGAGUGUGGCGAGUAGGAAAAGUCGUACCAAGAGGGAGAGUGCGGCGAGUGGGUGGAGCGAAGGGGAUAUCUUGGAUGCGUAUAGGGAGGAUAGGGACUAA